UCCAGAAAGACAAAAGAACUGAGUGCUCAUUUCACCCCCGAAACCUAUGAGCCUAUAUAAAGCUAAUCAAUUUCAGUAAUCACACUUCCUUGUUCUUAAAGAAUUUAGACAAUGGAGUAAUACUCCAAUACACAACUAAAUGCUCUCACCACUCUUCACAAAACUACUCAAUGGCUGCUUUCUGUAGAAUCAAAAGAUCCCAUUUUCUUUUCUCCAGAUCACUCAAACAAUUCCUCAACCUAUAUACUCAGAACAACAACACUCAAAUUCAAAACCCAUUUAUAAAAUACAAUCUUUUUCAAUUUUCUUCAACACCGACUUGCCAAAAACCUCAAAAUUUUCUCCCCCCACUUUCUCUAGAAGAUUCCAGAAUCGUUGAUAAACUUGUACACGUAUUCACUGAGCGCCUUGAUACAUCAAAAAGCGAAGAACUUGAUGAGUUGGGUCCAAAGAUUACAACUUUAAUUGUUGAAUUUGUUCUUAAAAGGCUCAAAAGUUGGAGAAUAGCUCAAUUGUUUUAUAAUUGGGCUAAGAAUCAAAGUGGUUUUAGUCAUAAUUGUCAUACAUUUAAUUUAAUGGCCGAGUGUCUAUCAGCUGCUCGACAAAUUGACUCAAUGAGAAUGUUGGUUAAUGAUGUGAUUAAAUGUCAGUGUUAUUUUACUCCACGUGCUUUGGGUUUCUUUAUUAGGUGUUUGAGUAAUCAAGGGUUGGUUAAAGAGGCUAAUGAAUUGUUUGAUCAUAUGCAAAAAUCGGGUCUUUGUGUUCCGAAUAGUUUUAGUUAUAACUGCUUGUUAGAUGCUAUAUCUAAGGGUGGUGAUGUUGGUUUAAUUGAGCUGAGAUUGAAGGAGAUGAAUAGCUAUGGGUGGCAGCUUGAUAAGUAUGCUCUGACACCUACUUUGCGGUGUUACUGCAAUGCGGGGAUGUUUGAAAAUGCGUUGGUUGUUUUUAAUGAGAUGCGCGAGAAAGAAUUGGUUGAUGCACAUGUUUUGUCGAUCUUGUUGGUUUCCUUUAGCAAGUGGGGCAAGGUGGAUAAGGCGUUUGAGUUGGUUGAGAGGAUAGAAGAUCUCAAUAUUAGCUUAAAUGAAAAGACAUGUUUUGUUCUGAUUCAUGGUUUUGUGAGGGAAGGCAGAACAGAUAAAGCGUUGCAACUGUUGGAUAAAAUGAGGAAAAUGGGCUUUGUGCUGGACAUUUCUAUUUAUGGUGUGUUAAUAGAAGAGUUGUCUAGGAAUAGUGAGAUUGAGAAAGCUAUGCAGCUGUACGAGGAAAUGAAUGAUUCAGGUGUCCGUCCUGAUAUUAAAAUACUUACUGACCUUAUGUCUUGUGUGCGUGAUGAAAGAGAUAUGAUCCGAAUAGUUGAGGAGAGGUAUGAGAGUCUUGAACUGAAAGAUAGGAUGCUGUUGUAUAAUUCUGUCCUGAAAGGACUUAUUAACAAUGGUUCAACUGAUAAAGCAUAUCGUCUACUUUGUGCAUCAACGGGUCUUGAAUCUGGUGGUGAUUUUAACAAGGACAAUCCUUUUUCCAUGAAGGAACUUGUUUGUCCUAAUACUAUUUCGUUUGAAAUAGUUAUUGAUGGUUUGUGUCGGGCGGAUAGGUUGGAAAUGGCUCUCAGCCUGUUUAGAGAUAUGGACCAUAUUGGUUGUAAACGCAGUGUGCUACUUUACAAUAAUUUAAUUGAUUAUUUGAGUAGGUCUGCUAGACUUGAUGAAUGCUAUGAGCUUUUGAAUGAGAUGAAACAAUCAGAAUUUCGGCCAACACAUUACACAUACAACUCAAUUUUUGGAUGCUUAUGUAGGCAAGGGGAUGAUGCGGGCGCCCUUGCUCUGGUGAGGGAGAUGCGUGUGCAUGGGCAUCAACCUUGGAUAAAAUAUUACACGCUGCUCAUGCAGAAACUCUGCAAAGAUGGGCAAGCAGUCAAAGCUUCUAACUUUCUUGCUGACAUGGUUCAAGAAGGAUUUCUGCCUGAUGUAGUUGGUUAUUCGGCAGUCAUAGAUGGUCUUAUUAAGAUUAAACAGUUGGAUAAAGCAUUGGAUCUCUUCAAAGAGAUCUGUGCUCGGGGUCACUGCCCCGAUGUAGUUGCUUAUAACAUAAUGAUAAAUGGCCUAUCUAAGGCCAAAAGAGUACUUGAAGCCCAGGGUCUUGUUGAUGAAAUGAUGGAUAAGGGGCUAAUUCCAUCAGUUGUUACCUACAACUCACUGAUUGAUGGGUGGUGCAAAAAUGGUGAUAUAGAUCGGGCCAUUGUAAAUCUCACUAGGAUGACCGAAAAAGAACGGGAGCCCAAUGUCAUUACUUACACCACUCUAAUAGAUGGGUUAUGCAAUGCUGGCAAACCAAAUGAUGCUAUGAGGCUUUUGGUCGAAAUGGAGUCAAAGGGUUGCCUUCCAAGUAGAGUAACUUUUAUGGCUCUCGUUAGUGGUCUGUGCAAGUGUGGAAAGCCAGAUAUUGCGCUGACUUAUCUGCAGGAAAUGGAGAGGAAGGAGAUGAAACCUGAUCCAUAUGUCUACAUAGUGAUAAUAAAAGCUUUUAUAAACAAUUUGAAUCCUAAAGAAGCUUUUAAUGUACUAGAAAAGGUGGUCCAUGAUGAGUCUCUUCAAGAUUUAAAUGGUAAGGAUCUUUCUACUCUUAAAGAGGCAAUACUUUCCCUGUUAGCAGAUCCAAGGACUUCCUCAAAUGUGAAAAUCCUGUUGGAGGAGGGUCAUUUUACAGCACUUUGUAGCAUCUCUGAAAUCGGUUGACAUGAUUGGAUUGUUCAGCUCUCUUGACCUCUGUUUGCAUCCGUAGUUACUGCGGAUUAAGAACUAAAACGAGGAAAUGGAAAGCAUUAAGUGCCGUGCUCUACACUUGUCGUUUUAGUGUACUGAUGAGUUUCUGUGCCGCAAUAUUGAUUGCAUCGUCAAUGAAAAAGUUAUACAGCAGGAGCAGUUUCCAUUUGUUCAAAAAGAGGUUUUAAACCUUGUGCUUGAUAUUAUGGCACCACACAGAGGGAUGAGGAGGAAUAUCUGGACGGCGUUGGCAAAAAUUGCAGGAGCAAUCAGCAACUCUGGAGCGUCGACCGCCCAAAAUAUUUACUGGAGGAGAUAUGCAUCCAUCUUGGUUAGAGAGGAACAUAUUAAGUGGUUUGACGAGGAUAACUAAGCUGACAUGCUGGAGUUUGCUGCUGGGCAAGCUUUGCUAAAUUGGAAAAAUCCCAUCGGUCUGUGACUAAAUCCUAAACUUCAGAUUGACAAGUAGAAAAAAGAGAAAAGUCCAACUUAAGCCCGAUAAAGAUUGACAAAGCGCAACUGCAAUGAACUCAGCCUAUUUGGAAGCUCUAGAAGCUAAGUUUGCAGCUUGUUUAGGAGGUACUGCUGAUAAUAAUGGGCCAACCAAUAAGAAAAGCUCCCUCACUUGAAGCUCCUGAGGAGAUUAAUGUUGAGAAAUUUCACUCUUCUAUUGUAACAUUUCUGUAUUUGCUAAUGACUGGUACCUUAAUUUCUGGCAUAAUUGAAAAGUUUCAAAGGAUUCUUUGCAAAGUUUA